CAAUGUUUUAUUUCAAAAACAUAGCAGAUUUACUUGUCAUUAAGACAAAACCGGUAAGCAAAAAAAAAGGGCAAAUGAUUGCUAGAUUUCGAAGAAAGAAGAAAAACAAGAAGAAAAAGAUCAACAGCCCAGAAAGAUUUUGAACAAAGAUGGGUUUGUAUGAAGACAAUCUAAAAGGGUUUAUUUUGGCAUUGUUGUCAAGUGGGUUUAUUGGGGCAAGUUUUAUCAUUAAAAAGAAAGGCCUUAGAAGAGCUGCUGCUGUUUCUGGUGUUAGAGCUGGUUAUGGUGGAUAUGCUUAUCUUUUGGAGCCUUUAUGGUGGUUGGGCAUGAUCACAAUGAUUGUUGGUGAGGUUGCAAACUUUGUGGCAUAUGCAUUUGCUCCGGCAAUUCUUGUUACUCCUCUUGGUGCAUUAAGUAUUAUUGUCAGUGCUGUCUUGGCUCACUUCAUUCUGAAGGAGAAGUUACACCAGCUAGGGGUUUUAGGAUGCGUUAUGUGUAUCUCAGGUUCGGUCGUAAUUGUUAUCCAUGCACCACAAGAGAGUCCUAUAACUUCUGUCCAGGAGAUAUGGAAUAUGGCUACACAACCAUCUUUUUUACUGUAUCUGGGCUCGGUUAUUGUGUUGGUGUUCCUUUUGAUCUUCCAUUUUGCUCCAAGAUGUGGACAUACAAAUGUGUUGGUUUUCACAGGCAUUUGUUCAUUAAUGGGAUCUCUCUCGGUCAUGAGUGUUAAAGCCCUUGGAACUGCACUCAAACUAACCUUUGAGGGAAAGAACCAGUUAGUCUACCCAGAGACAUGGUUUUUUAUGUUUAUCGUGGCUACAUGUGUCAUUACACAAAUGAAUUAUCUCAAUAAGGCACUUGAUACAUUCAACACUGCAGUUGUGUCCCCUAUUUAUUAUGUCAUGUUCACAUCACUUACGAUCCUCGCCAGUGUCAUAAUGUUCAAGGAUUGGGAUGGUCAAAGCACGGGAAGCAUCAUAUCUGAACUAUGUGGUUUCAUUGCUGUGCUUUCGGGGACCAUUUUGUUAAACUCAACCAAAGACUCUGAUAGAGGUUCGUCCUUCAGAGGUGGCCAUGCACCUCUAUCCCCUACAUUAUCUACAGGACUCUUCAGUGGUAAUGGUGAAUCUCCAAAACAUGACGAAGAAAAUGUGCUAUUGCCUGAGGAAAUUUGCUUGAGGAAGCAAGAACCAUACUAAGAUGGCUAAAUUAGUGAAUUGGGAGUACAAACACAUCUAACUUUUGUGUGAUCAAAGUGCAAGGUGAAAUCCAGGUUUCAAGAAUCCUUAAGAGGAUAGCUGAGAGAUGAGUAUGCAAGCAUGAGUUUCGGUCCUGUCAGACAAGAAAGUGACUGAAAACUCUUAACAGCUUGUUUUGUUCAUCAUGUGCAGUACCAGUUUACGAGUUGAUGCUUGCUUCUCAGGCUACCUGCGUGUUGAGUGAAUCGGUGGUUGACGGUACUUGAGGGGGUGAUAUUUCAACUCAACAAAUCAGCAGAUAUGGCUGCUAAAGGUAGUAUUUGGUUCCCUCAAAGUUCUGAGGCCUGGAUUUUAGCAAGGGAAGUUGGAGUCAUUGUAUCUUCAUAUGUGCUAUGAAAUUGACAGUGUGGCAUCAACCUUACAGGAAUUUUGGACUUUCUGUUUGAUUUCUUGGUGUGCUUUUUAUUAGGAAGGGCAACAGGAAGAAAGUAAUGCUUGUAGAGUAUAACACAAAUGGAUAAAUUAAAUUAUAGUGUCAAGGAUUAAUUGUCAUUGACUCUUAACCAAGCUUGAAAUAACUGUUUUCAUUUUUUUCUAUAUAGAUAUUAUGAAGUUUUCCAAUUCACCUACAAAAAUGUUCUAACAUCCAAUGGCAUCGUCCCCUGAUUAAAGGAUUACACCCACCAACACAGUAGUUACUUUGAAAGACGUCAAUUUGUGUGUUCAUAUAUUUUAAAUUGUGUUACCUUCGUGCAUUUUUUCAUAUUAUUUUAUUGUCAGUUUAAAAUUAUCAGGUUUAUCUCAAUUCAAAAACUUGCUGGAAAAAAAAUUAGACAAAAAAAAAGUUGAAAUUAGGAUUACAAA